CGGAAAUUCAAACGCUUGACUGAUGAUGACAGGGCAGAGAGACGUUUGAAACUCCACAAAUCUUGACACGGUUGUUUUACUAAGUGAAAAGAUUAAGAAAAAAUGGAAAAUCAGAAGAGACCGAGAGAUCCACUGGAUGAAAAUUCUUCAACCUCUAGUGAAUUGGAAAAUGUGUUGAAGAAGAGGCGACUUGCUGCAGGAGAAGAGAAUCUAGACCCCACAAAAUCCCCCGCCAGGACCCGCUUGAGAUUGACAGAGCUGGAAGUAAAACCGGACACCCCAGCCAUAGUUUCCAUACGCUCCAGGGUCCAACAGCUCAGCCAGAGACGGGAUAGUGACAAUUCAGGUGGAACUGGUCUCAUCCAGCGCUGCGUGUCUGACCCUGGAUCUGAGGGAUCUUCUAGACCUUUAUCCUCAGAUAUUUGUCAUAUCGGUGAUGGCGAGUUUAGUUCCCGCCAGCAGCGCUUCAAGCCACCAACCCCUCUGAACAGUCCCGGUCGCCUCACCCCUUGCACACGCAAUCUCUCCAGCUUCGUGCAUGGCAUCCAAAAGCAGCUUAAUGCCACAGUUACACCCAGCAGUAAAGAAGCCUCCCGUAUCCGCCAGGCUCGUGUGGAGGAGUUGCGUAAAUUGAAAGUUCCUGCUGUGGGAGAGAACAUGUGGUUGAAGAGGAGUCUCUCUGACUCUUCUCUUACUGAGGAGGAGCUAAAGGAAUCAGAAUUCAGCUCCUGUGAGGUUGAUAGUAAGGUGGUGGAGGAAAGUCUAAACACCACGCCACUACGUAAUGAGGAGAUUCCCCACUUUGACCUUAAUUCAUCAGCAGAACCUUCUGCUUUGAGCUCUUCUGCUUUGAGCUCUUCUGCUUUGAACACUUCUGCUCUUAUUGACAAAAUGUUUGAAGAUGUCUUGCAACACGCAGACAAGGAAGGUGAAGAUGGAGAGAAGGAAUCGGAGGAAGAGAAGAAAUACAACAAUUCAUCAGGACUUGAAAUGGAAGAGGAAUCAGAACCAGACACGGUUGAAUCAAAUCCGUCGUCUCAAGAAAAUAGUGAGAUGUGUGAGGAGAAUGAGGAAACUUUUGAUGGCAGUUCUGCAGUUGAUGAAGUGCAGGAACUCCAGCCUGCUGAUAAAGGUGAGGGAGAGAUGGAGCAGAAGAAGGACAACACCUCUGUGGGUGCCGAAGAGGACUUCCUGACCCUGCCGCCCAGAUUUAUUCUCUCUCCACUCAGCAAAUCAGUGGAGGCUGUUGUCACACCAAUGAAGAUUGUAAUAACUGCGGCUGAGCCAUCAGUCCCACCGGUCUUACCUGAAGAAGAGUCUCACACAGCUGAUGUUGUUCCACCUCUGUACAGCAUCGAUGCCUACCGCCUGCAGAGGAAGAUCCACCCUCCCUCCACUCAGAACAUGAACAGUGAAGUUCAGAAGCAGGUUCAUGAGAAAAUAUGCCCAAAACAGCCCAUCAACACCAAAGAGAGAAUUAAGACUUUGAAUGAGGAGGCAGCAAAGUUACAGACGAUCAUCACGCAGACACUGCAGGCUCUGAGUUGCUGCAGUGAUGAGGAACAUGGCAAGGGUUCCAUGCAGGAGGCGGAGGCUGAGAAACUUCUCCUAGUUUCCUGCGAGAAGCGUGCAGCAUUACUGGCAGAGGUCAGCAGACUUAGGGAGGGUGGGUCUGGAGAACCGGACUCCCAUAAUGCACCUCUUCAGCCUUGCAGGGGCACCAUUAGCAUCAGCAGCAUCCAGCUGCCCCUCAAGGUGGAGUUUGUGUGCUCGGCUCGCACAGGUCGCCCGAUGCACUACUUCUUUGUUCUGAUUCGUUAUGGUGCGUGUAACAUCGUGGCAACGCCAUUGGCUACACCUGCAGAUGCCCAAAAUGGAGACACCAUCACCUUUCCAACAUCCAUUACACUACAAGAUAUUCGUUCCAAUUUUGAGAUCGACAUUGAAGUGUACAGUUUGUCUAAUAAUCAGAGUAAUACCUGCAGCCUUAACACUCAGCAGUUCCGCAGCUCAACAAAGUCAAGGGUGACCCCCAAGAAAAUACUCCACAGCAUCACGAAGUCUAGCCAGAGUGUGACAUCUGCUACUCUGCCAGGUCUGAGUACCCAGCGUUCUAGUAACUUCAAACUAGUGGGCUCUCACAAAGUCACAUUGAGCUCACUGGGACAGAGCAAGUUUCCUCUGGACAAGAUUAAAUUUGAAGGGAAAAUCAGACGACUCCUUGGCGAUGAGUUUCAGGAAAAGGUUCCAUUUCUUUCUCCUUUAGAGGGCCACAUCUAUCUGAGGCUGCACAGUGAGGGCCACUCCGAUGUCAAGCAUCAGGGUUUUCUGACCAUGUUUGAGGAUGUGAGUGGUUUUGGAGCCUGGCAGAGGUUAUACUUCUGUCUGGAGGGAGGACAUCUGCUCUACUGGAGUCAUCCUAAUGAGAUUGGUGACACGCCAUCAGAUGGCAGUUUCUCUCUCUUUGGCUUCUGCAGCGUCAGACCUGUGAAGAGAGAAUGCUGUGCGCGGCCGGACACGUUUGAAUUGGUAGAAACUAACACCCCAGAGCAGCAAGACGACCAGACCUUAAAGAAGUCCUGGUUUUCAGCAGACACACGAGAGGAAAGGACCGAAUGGAUGGAGAAACUCAAUCAAACCUUACUGGACUUUCAAACCUGGAACAGGAAGCCUGUUUCUAACGACAGCCGAGCUAGCACAUCAUCCAUGAGCGGGACCUCUCGUGAAAGCAUACUUUAAAAUAAUACUGACCUGUAUCACACUUAAGAAAGUAGGCUAGAACACAUCAUAUCUGCCACUUUCAAAGAACAAGAGGAUCUUAUGAGAAGAAAUCUGUAAUGCUUGUUAUUUUAAUAACGCUUCAAAUCUGCUUUAUUGAGAUUUGUUAGUCCAUAUGCAUGUUCUGCUACAGGGGCCACCAGUCCUGCUCCUGGAGGGCUACUGCUACUGAGUUUAGCUGCAACUCUGACCAAUCACAACUGAACCUACGAAUCAAGGUUAUUUCAUAUCUUGAAAAUGACAGGCAAGUGUGUUUGAUUUGGGUUAAAGCUAAAGUCAGUAGGCUCUCUGGAUAACGACUGGACACCCUUGUAUUUCUUUAUUACACACAUACAGAAUAUAUGUAGAGUAUAUAAAAUGGUUAUAUUUCUGAUCUGAUAUGACUUAUUCUUUAAGGUUGAGGGUUAAGCCAUGCACGCAGAUGAAACAAUACGAUUUGCAUGUUUUCCUGGUAAUUCUGUUCCUAGUUUGAAUGUAGAAUUGAUCAACAUGUACAUACUGUGAUUAUAUGAAGGCAUUGCAUUUUAUUGCAAUUAUUCUAAAACAAGGAUCUGUUUCAAGUAAUGUUUAUGCAUGAGGGUGUCCUCAAGAUUAAAUGAAAAGUUAUGUUUACUUUAUUUUUUGUUUCCUCUAGGCUAAAACUUUAUAUUUUUAUGACUUUUCAUUAACUUUGGUUACACUUUAUGUGACUGUCAUACUGCAGUCUUCGUAUAGAAGGGAGAAACGUUUUUAUUUGUAUGUACAGUUACAGUAUAUGAAGUAAGUCAUGAAUAGAAAGUCUUGGGAGAAUGAUUUCAUAGUUUAUCUUCACAUGACCUGGUAUAUACUGAUAAUUAUGAAAAAAUGUGGGACUACAUAGGCAUGCGUUAUAUUCUCUGAGUGGUACACUAACAUUGGGAGGCAGUUUGACCAACAGUGUAGUCAGUUGUGUCAUGAUAUCAAAUUGAUCGUGCAGGUGAUUUAUUUUGGAGAGAGAGAGAAAGCCGUGACAGUGUCACCUCUUAGUGGAGGUUUGCUUUUGUAGAUGAGUUGUCUCUAGAGUUGACAAUUUGUAUCAAUGUGCCGUUUGUUUGUCGCAUUUUUGUGUUCCUUUCAAGAGUCUCCUAUCCUAUUGCUGCAGUUGAACUCUAAAAUAUCCUGGAAAUGAUACCAUGAAAUAAAUAUGGUUAUUAAUG